AGUGGGCGCGCCCGGCAGCCUGGUGCGCCGCGGAGAGCCGCCCGCGCCGCUGGGGGCCGCCCGCGGGCCGCGCCGGGCAGAGCGCGCCGUGCGCCCGGGCCCCGCGCCGCACACGCUCGGCGGCCGCGCGGAGACACGGGCGGCGGAGCCGCGGGCGCCAGGAAUGCGGAACCCGCGCGCGGGCUGAGGCGCCGGCAUGGCGCAGGGGCGGCUGUGAGCGCGCGGGGUCGCGGCCAUGGCCAAGGAGCGGCGCCGGGCGGUCCUGGAGCUGCUGCGGCGGCCGGGAAACGAGCGCUGCGCGGACUGCGGCGCCCCGGACCCCGACUGGGCCUCCUACACGCUGGGCGUGUUCAUCUGCCUGAGCUGCUCCGGGAUCCACAGGAACAUCCCACAGGUCAGCAAGGUCAAGUCUGUGCGGCUGGAUGCCUGGGAGGACUCGCAGGUGGAGUUCCUGGCCUCCCACGGGAACGCUGCCGCCAGAGCCACGUUUGAGGCCCAAGUGCCAUCUUUCUACUACCGGCCCACCUGCACUGACUGCCCGCUCCUGCGAGAGCAGUGGAUCCGCGCCAAGUACGAGCGCCAGGAGUUCAUGCUGCCCGAGAAGCAGGAGCCCUAUUCAGCGGGGUACCGGGAGGGCUUCCUCUGGAAGCGUGGCCGGGACAAUGGGCAAUUCCUGAGCCGGAAGUUCGUGCUGACAGAGCGUGAGGGGGCCCUCAAGUACUUCAACAGAAAUGAUGCCAAGGAGCCCAAGGCUGUGAUGAAGAUUGAGCACCUCAAUGCCACCUUCCAGCCAGCCAAGAUUGGCCACCCGCAUGGCUUGCAGGUCACCCACCUGAAGGACAACAGUACCCGCAACAUCUUCAUUUACCACGAGGACGGCAAGGAGAUCGUGGACUGGUUCAACGCGCUACGAGCUGCCCGCUUCCACUACCUGCAGGUGGCGUUCCCGGGGGCCAGCGAUGCAGACCUGGUGCCGAAGCUCUCCAGGAACUACCUCAAGGAAGGCUACAUGGAGAAGACGGGGCCCAAGCAAACCGAGGGCUUCCGGAAGCGCUGGUUCACCAUGGACGACCGGAGGCUCCUGUACUUCAAGGACCCCCUGGACGCCUUCGCCCGUGGGGAGGUCUUCAUUGGCAGCAAGGAGAGUGGCUACACGGUACGGGAGGGGCUGCCGCCAUCCACCCAGGGCCACCACUGGCCACACGGCAUCACCAUCGUCACGCCUGACCGCAAGUUUCUGUUCACCUGUGAGACGGAAGCCGAGCAGCGGGAGUGGGUGCAGGCGUUCCAGAAAGUGGUGGCCAGGCCCAUGCUGCCACAGGAGUAUGCAGUGGAAGCCCACUUCAAGCAUAAACCCUAGCGGAGGCAGCUGGACGCCCGGGGACCCCGGACACGUGACGUGGCUGUCAGUAGCUGCGAUGGGGGGUGGGGGCUGUGCACGUGGCGAGCCCGGGCCGAGCUGCGUCCCCACCAGAACUGGCCUUGGGGCUGACUGGGCACCCAGGCCAGGGGCCCCAUGCCCUCAGUACCAAC